UCUUAAAAAAAAAAGAAAAAUAUAGAAAAAAGAAAAAGGAAAUAAGAAAAGAAAAACUGGUUUUAACACAGACCAUUUUUCAUUCAUCUUUCUCUGCACCUCUCUCUAAAAACCCUAAUUCAACUCUUUCUCUCUUCUCCUUCAAACAUGAAGAAUCAGAGUGAAUGCUGUUGAGCGAUCAGUUCUUUAGCAGAUGUAGAGAGAAAUGGAAACCAAUACUAGUGAUGUCAAUCACUUAGAUGCAGAUGUGCUUUUACCACCUCGAAAGAGACUUCUUGCUGGUUUGAAAAGGCAGAACUCAGAUGUGAAUCCACGGACUCCGACUAGUUCCAGUAAUAGUGGGACUGACUUUGAUGCCCGCUAUAGUAAUUUUAUGAAGUCUCACCCUAAUUUAUCGUAUGAGGAGAUUGUGGAGUCAUCGAGAUCGGCUGCUGCAGACGCUGCUAAGGUAGCACAAGCUGCCAGAGCCACAGCUGAAGAGAAAGCUACAAAAGCAGCAAAGGCUGUGGCUGCUGCAAAGAUUGCUAUUGAAUUGGUUGCUGCCGUAGAAGAGAUUGCAAAUGGUGAUAAAUACUUGAAAAAGAAUAAGAUGAAGAAGCAGGUGGAGGUUCAAACUUUGUAUGAUAAGGCCAAGGGGACGCAAGUUCCCAAAACGGAUGAAGAGUUAGCCCGCAAGUUACAUCAGGCCAUUAAUAGCUCCCCAAGAAUUUCAAAGACUGCUUCUGAAUCCAAGCAUCACAAGCAUAAGAAGCUGAAAAGCGCAUCUUCUUUUGAGAAGGCAUCAGUUAACUAUGUUGGUACAGAUUUGCAAGGGCAUCAGUCUUCCUCAAGCAACAGUAACGGCAUAGCUGGUGGCAUGGCUCGUGAUGGUUCUGCCCAAGCUGCUGCGUAUGUGGAGAAAGUAGAUUUAAACUUACCAAAGUUCAGUAGACCUGAUGGACAGAAAUUGGAAAGUGGGGAGAGGUUGAAACUUAAUGAAUCUGACAAUCUAAUUAAGGAAAAUGGAGAAGCAGAUAGUGAUCGAUUGGGGGAGAAAAUCGGGGAAGACGAUGAUUCUGGCCUUAGUAAAAAGAAGAUGAGGAUUAAGCAAAAGAAGUUGCCUUUGAGUAUUUGUAGCAUUAAGGAUCUAGGAACCCCUAAGGAGGACCCUAGAACACUGCUGGUGACUGAUAAUGAAAGGAAAAAAAUUAACGGCACUGGUAAAUCCAUGUAUUCUGUAGGGCCUCCUGGUGAGACUGGCGUGCCCGUUGAGAGAACAGCAAUGUGGAAGUGUCAGGCAUUCAAGGCUCCCGCUUGUGUUAAACAAAAUAAAGUGAUGCAGUCAUAGUGUUCAUAUCCAAUUUCAACAACAGGCGGCUGCUAUUCUAGGAGUUGCGAGUUGUGUUAGUUAUUUUGAUUCAGGCUUUAUCUGUAGAUUUUGUUCGUCACCACCUGUCCCCCUUUUUUCCAGUAUUUUUGAUUGUCUAUGGCAUUGUAUGAUUUAAAGUGACUUCUAUGUAUAUUGAACUCAAAUUGCUUGCUUAUGAACUCCGUACCAGCAUUGGUAUUUGCCUAUGUCUCGGUUCAGCACCAUAGCUUGCAAGAAAGGGAUCGAUGCAGGGUUUUGUAUACGUUUGACGGGCUGUUUCUCAUCUCUGCUGGAGAUACAUUCAUUCAUGGGAAAUUUUACUGUAUAGACAGAUUCUAUUUGUCAUAAUUGCUUGAGAGGAAUGAUGGGCAAAUACGCUGCUUUGUUGUUGUUACUCUCUUCCUUCCUCCCUGGUUAUGUGGCUAGUUGAAGCAAUCAUGUAAAAGGAUCAGUUCAACCUUACUUAUCCAGCUUAAUGAUCUGUUCCAGGUGAAGAGUUGUUUAUGUCCUAAACAACAUGUUUUGGGUUUCUUCCUCCAAUAAUUACACCAUUUCACUAAUUUUACUUCUUCUUUUUUUUUUUUUCCUAAAAAUCACGCAGGAACGAGGAGAUGGUAUCAUCACCUAGCAAAUGUAACAAGGAGGUUGUGAAUGGUUUUCCCUGCUUUGUAAUCUUCUGGCUCCGGAUGUACUACUUUACUACUCUUUUGAGUUUUGCCACAUAAUUCAAUUUGGGGCCUACAUGAAUGGUCAUUUAUAUACUCCAUUAAAAUGAGUUUAGAUGAGAAAAUUAAAAAGUCACAUUUACCAAGUGAAAAAAAGGAGGAAAUAUGUUUCACAUUUAGUGCCAGAUUACAAAAGCAUUCUUUUGCUUUGAUUCUGUUACAUCAUGUAGUAUAUUAUAUAUUGUUCAGUUCUGACAUCCCUGAUCCUAUAAAGGUCAAUCUACCUAAACAGGAGGUUCCUCGGGCUUAGUUAUUACUGAAAUUGUACCAACGUUGGGAAUUGAUGGCAGUUAGUUGUUAGGACGAUACUGUUACAACAGCCUUUUUUUUUCUUUUUGGUGCCUGAAAAUGAAAGCUUGAUUGGAUCCAAG